AUGGUGGUGGAUACUCGAAAUGUUGUCUUCUUUACUGUCUUCUUCUUUGUUGUACAUUACCUUCUUAUCAGGUGGCGUGAGAAGAUUCGUAAUUCUACACCUAUUCAUGUUGUCACUGUGUCCGAGAUGGCUGCCAUUAUCACAUUUGUUGGAUCUUGUAUCUAUCUUCUUCUUUACUUCGGCACUACCCUCGUUCACCACACACACUUUUCAGACGACGAGGAAGCAGAAGAAACAAAAAACCAUGCUUCCAUCGGUUGCAAAUUUGAUGUGUUGUUAACACAUGCUGAAAAGAAAGAAGCAACCACCGGAGAGGAUGAGGAGGUGAUUCAAGCGGUGGUUUCAGGUAAAACACCGUCUUACUUACUUGAAUCAAAGCUUGGAGACUGCAAGCGUGCUGUUUUCAUCAGAAGAGUGGCGUUAGAGAGAAUCACCGGAAAGUCUCUGGAAGGUUUGCCGCUAGAUGGGUUUGAUUAUGAAUCGAUAUUAGGACAAUGUUGUGAGAUGCCGGUAGGUUAUGUCCAAAUUCCGGUGGGUAUCGCCGGCCCUUUGUUGUUGGACGGAAUGGAGUUCUCCGUCCCCAUGGCCACCACCGAAGGGUGUCUUGUGGCUAGCACGAAUCGCGGUUGCAAGGCUAUUUAUGUAUCCGGUGGAGCCACUAGCGUGUUACUUAAAGAUGGCAUGACUCGAGCUCCAAUCGUAAGGUUUGGCACUGCGAAGCGGGCUGCUGAUUUGAAGUUCUUCUUAGAAGAACCACUCAACUUCCAGAAUCUAGCUUCGGUCUUCGACAGAUCAAGUCGAUUUGCGAAGCUUCAGAAAAUCCAAUGUGCGAUUGCCGGGAGAAAUCUAUACAUAAGGUUUACUUGCAGCACCGGUGAUGCAAUGGGCAUGAACAUGGUUUCUAAAGGUGUUGAAAACGUUUUAGAGUAUCUCCAGGCUAACUUCCCGGAUAUGGACGUGAUUGGCAUCUCCGGGAACUAUUGUUCCGAUAAGAAACCGGCAGCGGUGAACUGGAUAGAAGGAAGAGGAAAAUCUGUGGUGUGUGAGGCAAUUAUAAAAGAAGAUGUGGUGAAGAAGGUAUUAAAGACGACCGUAGCUUCGUUGGUAGAACUGAACAUGCUCAAGAACCUCACCGGAUCCGCCAUGGCCGGAGCUCUUGGUGGGUUCAAUGCCCAUGCUAGUAACAUUGUGUCAGCGGUGUUCCUUGCAACCGGACAAGAUCCAGCUCAGAAUAUCGAGAGCUCGCACUGUAUCACCAUGAUGGAAGCUGUGAAUGGUGGCCGAGAUCUUCAUGUGUCGGUGACCAUGCCGUCGAUCGAAGUUGGGACUGUCGGUGGUGGAACACAAUUAGCUUCACAAUCAGCUUGUUUAAACUUGUUGGGAGUAAAAGGUGCAAACAAAGAAUGGGCUGGAUCAAAUGCACGUCAGUUGGCUAAGGUGGUUGCUGCCGCCGUUCUCGCCGGAGAGUUGUCUCUAAUGUCUGCAAUCGCGGCGGGGCAGCUUGUGAAGAGCCACAUGAAGUAUAAUCGCUCGAAUAAAGAUAUUUCUGCUAAAUUUUAA